AUGGCGCGGGACAAAGGAAAAGGGAAAGCCAAAAUCCCCACAUAUUCAUCAUCGGACUCCACUGACGCAAGUGUUCCUGCGUCACCUCCUCCACAAAAAGAUGCUCCUCUGGUAAUUGGUAAAUCAAAAGAAACACCCAAGAAAAGAACCAGUGAGCCAGUUCAAGAAAAGGGAACCAAAAAGAAAAAGACUUCAAAAGCUCCAGUUGUGCAUAUGGAAAGGGCUAUUCAUGAGCCAAGCAAAGAAGGUAGUGGGAAGGAUAUGAGUGACUCAGAGUCUGAGGCAGAACCAGAGACUCCUGCUCCUGCUGCUCCUGGAAAAGGAAAGGGAAAAAUAGCUCCAAAGGAACAAAGCAGUAAGCAGAAAGAGCAAACUGGUAAACCAUCUGGCAAAAAGGCUAAAACUGGCAAAAAGUCUACAGCUGAGUCUGGUACUACUGCUGUCACUGAGUUAGCAGCUGGGCCUAUUGUUCCUUUGACACCCGGAACUGAAUUGGCUGCUGCAAUUCUUCAAACCUUGAGUGACAAACCUGUCAAGCCCAAAAAGCUGAAAAUGGCUGCUCCAAAACCAAUCAGAAGUUCCAUUACUGUUUUGACUGUUUACUCACUGCAUUUAGACUGA